AUGCCCUUGCCGUCGGCGGGGAACGACGUUUUUAGUGAUCCUUUGAAUUUUUCAUAUGCCCAGGCGGUGUCUAAACAUACAGACAAGGUUUCUAAGCAUGCAGACAACACAUCUUUCAAGUUACCAAUGCGUUUUCCGGUGGAUAUUGAUGGAGAGUUGGGCUUUGUGUUUUCAGAAUCAGAGAUGGUGAAGGUUGCGGAAGAUUUGAAGUUUGCCUUGGUGAUGAAGUUCAUGAGAUUGAGGCAUUCCAUAGACAAGUUACGUCUGCAUGUGGUGAAAAACUGGGGUCUGAUAGAGAUCCCACAGAUUAGUUUCAUGGAUGACUAUCAUAUAUUAAUUCACAUGAAAAAUGAACGUGACUUUAUCCACGGUUGGACACGGGAAGGAAGAUCUGUGGAGGGGAACCCAUUUCUACUAUUCAAAUGGACCAGGGAUUUUGACCUUAAGAAGGAAUCUCCUUUGGCUCCUCAAUGGAUUUUCUUACCAGGUUUGCCGAUGCAUCUGUACAGAAGGGAUUGUCUUCAAAUUCUAGCAACUCGGUUUGGCCAUUUCCUUGGCACUGAUAAUGCUACAUUGAAUAAAACGAGAGCUACGGGUGCAAGGUUGUGUAUUGAAAUGAAUCUUAAGGAGGAGCCUAUCAAAGGGUUCCCUAUUACCAUGUCAGCAAAUAGAAAUAUUUGGCAAGAAGUCAGGUAUGAAAAACCAGGUUUUUACUGCACCAGGUGCUGUAGACAAGGGCAUACAAAAGUGGUUUGUCGGAUAGGGGAGGCUGGACGGAAGGCAGGAGAGGAAAAAAAUAACAGAUCAUUGAUCCAGUACCAACAAGUUUGGAAAGAAAAAGUCAGUGAGGAAAGGAAAACAAGUGAGAAGAAGGGGGAGACAGGGCGUGUUGCGGAUAGAUUAAAGACAGGAAAUCUGGUGCAGUCUGACAAAGUGAGACAGAACGAGGUCCCAGGGAUUGACCAUAUUUCAUCUUUGGUAGGAGAUGAUUUUGCAGAGAAUUCUCGAAAGGACAUGCCUACGUUACAGAUCUCAGAGUAUAGGGAUUUGGCACAAAACAACUCUGCCGUAGAGUGUGAACUGGUGGAUGUAGCUAGUGUGGAGCCAGUGAUUAGAGAAGAGUCAGUUUCUUUGCAGGGAAAAGAGGGGGAGCGUAGGGAGGAGAAGUUUAAUGCAGGUAGUACAAUGGUGAGUUUGCUGGUUCAGGAAGAUGACCCGAACCAAGGUUCGUAUGAGGGGGGCAACACUGAUCUGAUUUCCGAAGUUCGAGAAGUGGAAUGUAGGACGAGGAGCGAAAGUAGAAAGGAGGUUGUCGGAAGGGAGGAUAAUCAUGGGACACUUUCAGAUCCAGAGGGUGAAGAUGAACCGAGUGCACUGGCUAGACAAAAACAGUAUAAUUCGGAGCCGGGGAGUAAGCAAACGAGUCGUAGUUCCCGUAAUCGGUUAAAAAGUUUAGUUAAGAAGUUUGGUGUGUCUAUUGUGGGAAUUCUGGAACCUUUUGCUGCGGAUGAUAAGAUGAGUCGUCUAGCCUAUUUGUUGGGGUUACCGAACCAUUGUAGUAAUGCGGUUGUUGACGGUAAGAUUUGGAUUUUCUGGAGUGAUGAUUGUGAUUGGGAGGUGUUAUCUAUGACUAACCAAUCAAUUUCAGGGAUUUUUCUGUUUGGGGAAGAGAACCUUUUCAUAUCUUUUAUCUAUGCUAAGUGCAGUUGUAUUGAACGUAGAGAUUUAUGGCAAAGCUUGGAGUUGGUUGAUUCUAAGGAAGAUCCAUGGCUGGUGGUUGGGGAUUUUAAUGUUUUUCGGGAAGAUAGUGAAAGAGUUGGGGGUCAUCCCAGGCCUAUUAUGUCAAUGGAAGAAUUUAAUAAUUGUAUUGAUCACUGUGGGUUAUUGGAUAUGCAGGUUAUGGGAAGACGCCUCUCGUGGUGUAAUGGCCAUGAGGGGCAUACUCGUAGUUGGGCACGUCUUGAUAGAGCUCUGAUUAAUAUACAUUAUGCCAACAGAUUUCCUUCAGCUUGCUUCGAGUACCUUAAUCGGAAGACUUCGGAUCAUUGUCCUAUGCUCAUUCAUGUCCAAAAGCAAGAGGUAGGCUACGGUCCUCAUCCGUUUCGAUUUCAAAACAUGUGGGUUACCCAUACAGAUUUCAGGAGAUGUGUUGAAGAAGUUUGGAAGGAACCUACUAUUUUUGUGGGUUUACGUCGGUUGGCGGAGAAAUUAAAGAAAACGAAACUUGCAUUACGGGCGUGGAACAAGAAAGUGUUUGGGCAGGUUGGGCAGAAUAUUAAAGAAUUGGAGGAGAGAUUGGAGGUUUUAGACAGCCAUUUACAAGGGGGUUAUGAUAAAGAAGUAGAAUGUGAUUACUUGAUUACAAAACUUGAAUUGGAUAUUUGGGAAAAACGUGAAGAACUUCGGCUUUCUCAAUUGGUGAAACAGAAAUGGCUUUCAGAAGGUGACCAAAACUCUAAAUUUUUUCAUGCAGUUGUGAAUCAACAGAGGAAAAGCAAUGUCAUAUCUCACAUGCGACUUGCGAAUGGUACGAGUCUGAAUUCUACGGAGCAGGUGGAUCUGACUCCCCUUAUCCAGAAGUCUGUAUCUGAGGAAAAUAAUUUGGCUCUUGUUGUAGCCCCGACAGAGACAGAGGUUCUGGCUGCGCUGAAAUCUAUUCCGAAAGAGAGUUCACCUGGACCGGACGGUUUUGGUUCGGGUUUCUAUCUAAGCUAUUGGGAUCUGAUCAAGGAGGAUGUACUCGAUGCUGCAAAGGAUUUCUUUUUGGGUACUACAUUACCUAGAUUUUAUACGGCAUCUUACUUGGUGUUGAUUCUGAAGGUAGAGGAACCUAAGAGUUUUGACAAGUUUCGUCCGAUCAGCCUUUGUUAUGUCGCGUACAAGAUUUUCUCAAAAGUGAUAGUUAAUAGGAUGACUCCUUUUUUAUCACAGUUGAUUUCUCAUGAACAAGGCGCUUUUAUUCUCGGCCGCAGCAUUUUUGAGAAUAUUACCCUAGCACAAGAAUUGGUUCAUUCUCUGAAUAAGAAAACAAAGGGUGGUAACAUUAUGGUGAAGAUUGAUAUGGCUAAAGCCUAUGAUCAUGUGGACUGGAAAUUCCUGUUAAAUGUGCUAACAUCCUUUGGGUUUUCCUCUCAGGUUUGUAAUCUUGUCAGGGAAUGUGUUACAUGCCCCUGGUUCUCUAUUAUGAUGAACGGGACGUCCAAAGGUUUCUUUCAGCCAGCUCGGGGUCUAAGACAAGGUGACCCACUUUCUCCAUAUUUAUUUAUUAUUAUGGAAGAGGUUCUGUCUAGAUUACUUUGUAAGAAUUUUGAAGAGGGUCGUAUUAGAUGUUACUCACAUCCAGUGGGUGCGCCUUUGGUAUCUCAUCUACUCUAUGCUGAUGAUCUCUUAGUGUUUGUGAAUGGGGGGUAA